UGCGAUCAGUUCGGUGUUAUUCGUGUAAUUAUCAAAUAAAGUUCGCAUUUAUGCUCCGUCGUAGUAUAAUUUUCUAUGCAAAACAAAAUGAACAAAAUUCGUUCGGAUGAUAUUUUCGCGCCGGGGAGUUCGUCGGUAGACAUGUCCGAAAAUACACCAAUACUCGGGAGUACCAAAAAAAAACAUAGAUUACAAUCAAAAAAAUGCAUUGUUCUAGUAGGAUUUGUGAUAUUGAUCGCUGUGGUUUCAUUCCUGUUCGUAUACACGCAAAAUGCACCCGACGGCGAAAUUCCAGACCCGGAAUUUGCGUUGCCACCGUCAAGUAUGCCGAUGGGAUCUUACAGCAACGUCGGCGUCGUGUCCAACGGUGGACCAUGCGCACAGAUUGGAGUGGAUAUAAUGGCCAGAGGAGGAAAUGCCGUGGAUGCUGCUAUAGCAACAAUGUUAUGUGAUGGUGUUCUAUGCCCUGAAUAUAUGGGUAUCGGCGGAGGAUUUUUAAUGAGCAUCUACAACGCAACAACCAAAAAAGUAAUGACAAUUAAUGCACGAGAAACUGCGCCGGCUGCAGCAACUGCUGAAAUGUUUGUAAAAGAUCCAAUCAAAUCAAUGCUUGGUGGCUUGGCGGUCGCUGUUCCAGGGGAACUCAAAGGCUAUUCGACGAUUUAUGACUUGUACGGCAGCGGCAAAAUUUCAUGGGAAUCUUUAUUUGAGCCAACUAUUAAGUUAUGCGAAAAUGGCAUAAAGAUCAGUGAUCGUCUAGAGAUAAACAUGAAAAAUCACGAAAAAUUAAUAAAGAAUGAUCCAUUUCUCAGACAAGCAUUUUUUGAUGAACAAACCGGACAUGUAAAAAAAGCUGGAGAAGAGUACAAGUUACCAAAGUUAGCAGAGACGAUGAAAAUUAUAUCAGUUAACGGUGCUGAAGCCUUAUACAACGGAUCGUUAACACAUCAAUUAGUGGAAGAUAUAAAAAAAGUCAACGGUAUUAUAACUGAAGAAGACCUGAUCAAUUAUGAGGUAGAAGUUAAAGAAUCUUUUCCUGUACAUUUAAAAAGUGGACAUACAAUACAUUUGGGGCCUCCACCUAGUUCUGGUGUAAUAUUAGCCUACAUCCUUCGAAUAUUGGACGGAAUAUUACCAGCACCAAAUCCUGGAUUAGAUGCACAUCGAUUGGUGGAGGCUUUCAAAUUUGGAUACGGCGAAAGAACGCAUUUGGGUGAUCAUAAUUUCGUAAACGUGUCUAAAAUUUACGAUAAAAUAACAUCAGACACUUAUAUAGCUAGUAUUCAAAGUAAAAUAUCCGAUAAAUUCACUUCGUUGGACCCAAGGUACUAUGGUGCUGAUUUUGAUAUGCCAGAGAAUCACGGUACUGCUAACAUUGUCGUAACCGAUUCGUUGGGAAACACUGUUGUGGGAACCAGCACAUUAAAUAUAUACUUUGGUAGUGGUUUUGUGUCUCCAAGCACUGGUAUUAAUUUAAACAAUGAAAUGGAUGAUUUUUCUACUCCCGGAGUCGUUAACUUUUAUGGUAUUCCAUCCUCACCUGCCAAUUAUAUUGAACCGGGCAAACGACCAAUGUCAUCAAUGUGCCCGACUAUAAUCACUGACAAAAACGGAGACUUUGUUCUCGGGGCAGGAGCAGCAGGUGGAUCGAAGAUCACGCUUGCAACUGCCUACGUGAUAGCCCUUAAGCUAUGGUACAGUAUGACAUUAAAAGAAGUGAUAGACAAACCUAGAAUUUACCAUCAACUGGUUCCUAUGACCGUUCAAUAUGAAUACGGAACGACAAAGGCAGUCGUACAAACGCUUAAGGAUAUUGGACAUCCAGUAACAAGGUUGAAGAAUACCAUAGGUUCAGCAGCAACAGCUAUUGCUAAAUCCCCAUCAGGAAUGAUCGAAACCAUGCCAGAUUUCAGACGACCAGGAAAUUCGUCCGGAUACUAACACGAUAUAUUUUGAUAAUAGAUUAUGUUUAAUAAAUUUUUGUUGUAAAACGUAUCUUGUAAGUUCCUAAAAAUAUUAUAGACACGACUUUCAAUUGAUACUACACCACAAAUUAUGCGCAGUCAAAAUUGUGUAUAGUUUAUGUAAUAUUACUACCUAUUAUAACUUUAUCUAUAGUUGUUCGCAAGUGCUAAUUUUUGAUAUAAAAUGUAUAAUGUAAUAUAUAGGUAUAAAUAUGAUUGUAAGGUAAUUGUUUUUAUGAAAAUAUGAGGUCUAUAUGUUCAAAUAAUUAAAAAAAAUUUUUUUUUAGUAAUGAGGUGCUAUUAUAUUAAGAGCUCGGCAACGUUAAAUGUUGUUUAUUAUGAAUUCACAUUUUACCGUAUACGAUAACUAAACGUAAAGAUAGUUUAAUAAUUAAGUUAGAUUCUUUUCAAUUGUGACCAAAAACCUUGUAAAAAUCGAGUACUAUGUUAAUAUUUAGUUUGUACAUUAUUAAAACUUGUAUGUUAAAUCAAUA